AACAGAGACGAGUAAUAUCACGAUGAUGUCGAGGAGUUGCGGCAAAGAGCGACGGCUUACGAAGAGGAAACCGAAGUCGUGUUCUUGUCGGCCGUGUGGAUUAGAUUCGUUGCCAGUUGAGAUGGCUCUGAGUUGCUUGGCCCGCGUCUCAAGAUCAGACCACCCGUCGUUAUCAUUGGUCUCCAAGUCGCUCCGCUCUCUAACGCUAUCCACCGAGCUCUACGACGUCCGAUCCCAAAUGGGUUUGACCGAAAAGUGCAUCUUUCUCUGUUUAAGCAUCCCUUCAGAUCCAUUUGUACGGUGGUUCGCCUUGUGCCCAAAACCCCUAAACCGGUUUCGUCCGCUGGUCCCAAUCCGGCCACACUUGUAUCAGCCAUCGGAAGUAUCCUCCGUGGUGGCACUCGGUUGCGGGAUCUAUAUAAUGGGUGGGGGGCUCAACGGGAAGCGAUCGUCGAGGGUGUUUUACCUGGAUUGCAGAACUCACACGUGGACCAAUCUCCCUUCCAUGGGGGUUGCUCGAGAAUCUGCGGCGGCGGGUGUGGUCGACGGGAAGAUAUAUGUAUUUGGAGGGUGCGAGGAUUGGGAUUCCCCGAGGUGGGGAGAAGUUUUCGACCCAAAGAAGCAGACUUGGGAUGCCCUCCCGAUGCCGCCGGGUCAGUAUAGUCUACGAUUUCACUUAAUCUACGAAAGCGCUGUGAUAGAGGACAAGGUUUCCGCUGUGAAUGCGUCAGCGAGAGGUUUGUUCUACGUACCGAGUGAAGGCAAAUGGAAAGAAGGGAAUAGGGACACCUUGGGAGUUAAAAAGGGUUGGUAUGUCAUAGACAAUGUCAUCUACUGUUGUGAAUUUGGUGGGAAGAUACUGUGGUGUGAGGCGAGUGAAUUGGAGUGGCGCCAACCAGAGGCUAUGGAGUGGAGAGAGGUCAAGGGCUUGGAGGCUCUAGAGGGCACUCUCCGUGCCUCCAAAAUUGUCAAGUAUGGUGGUGGCAUGUUGGAUCACUGGGAGUCAAUCAAUACGCACGUACUCGACCACAUAGACCAGCAACUUCCCGGGUACAAACUGAGCAACUCUGGUCCCAACAUGUUGCUCUUCUGGGACACGCUUUCUCUUGACAAAAUGGAGCUUUGGUGUGCGGAGAUAUCUUUGGAGAGACGCAAAGAGACUGGUGAGAUUUGGGGCUACAUUCAGUGGUCAGACUCUCUCAUCACAUUCGAUCCUCCCCCCAGUCCCUUCCGUCACUGCAAAAUUUUGUAUACUCAAUCUCUCGACCUUUGAAAAACAAUCUCAGUUAAAAAACUCUUUUUAUAAAUCCCAACCCAACUUUCCUUGCUCUGUUUUUCUGUGGAUUUGAAUCAUCCCAAUUUGAUUUAUACUCACCAACUCCUUGCAAUACUUCACAUCUUCCUUAUAUCAUUGAAUUUGACGUUACUUGUUUGGAUGUCUCAGAUAAGUUGUGUCCCAUGGAUCUUCCAGUCUACUGUUUUCUUUUUUCAGGAAAUCGAGUAUACAAUCCUAGAAGUUAGUCAAGGAAAUCUCAUAUUCUUUUGAAGGAAACAAUCUGUGUGGAAAGUUAUCUAAGUACCACAAGACACUGGAAGAACUUGUUGGAUUCAUCAGUGUCUUGUCUGAAUGCUUCACAAGCAAAGAUCCAAGGAGUGAAGAAUCCAUAGCCAACACUAACAAGAACACUGAUCGCUAUACUUAGACCUAACCAUAUCCCAAACAGUGAGAAGCCCCGGAAAAAAAGAUUGGAAAGGUGGGAGAUAUCAGAUUGAUAUGUCGGGGAAUUAAAAGCUCAUUUUGUUGCGUAAAUAAACUUUAAUAGAAGACACUAAUGUAUAAACUAAAAAAGGUAUCAUUAUAUCGUUAUGAAG